AUGGCGGACGACAAGAUCACUAAUACCAUCCCGGACGGGAGACAGUCUCAGGGCGUCUCCCGCAUGGAGGCCGUCUACCGCGAAGCCAAGUCCCACCGAAAGUCGCUUUGGCUGAUCGGCAUCUCGGUCCUCGUGUGUGCGUGGGCAUAUUCACUGGAUUCUUCUACAACCUCGUACUACUCCGUCGAUGCCUCGUCCUAUUUCAAGCAGCACAGCUCAGUACUAUCGACCCUGUCCAUUGCAACCAGCAUCAUCAGCGCUGUGAGCAAGCCCUUCAUUGCGAAGAUCUCCGAUAUCACCUCACGCCCCUACACAUAUAUCUUAACCCUCUUCUUCUAUGUCAUUGGAUACAUCAUCGCCGCAACCUGCAAGACUGUUUCCGCAUACAUCGUCGGCGAGGUCUUCGUCGCAAUCGGCAGCUCGGGCUUGGACCUGACUAACGACAUCAUCGUGGCGGACCUGACCCCCUUGGAGUGGCGCGGGUUUGCCAGCUCGAUGCUCUCGACCCCGUUCAUCAUCAACACCUGGUUUGCUGGCAGGAUUGUAGAUGCUAUCGAUGGCCGAGGCCAGUGGCGAUGGGGCUACGGCAUGUUCGCCAUCAUCAUGCCUGUGGCACUGGGUCCAGCCGUGGCGACCCUAAUACAUCUUGAUCGUAAAGCCAAGAAGCACGGAAUCGUUAACAUUGCUUCCUCGAACACAGCACGGCGUGCUGCUCGAGACCUCGCUGCAGCUGAGGGCCACAGUGUACCCGGGGAAUGGGUCGUGGCGCCUGCUGCUUCAUCCACGCAAUCCUGGAUGAAUGCUUUCAAACACAACCUGGAAGAGAUCGACGCCUUCGGUCUGAUUCUUUUAGGGUUCGGAUGGUCGCUACUGCUUCUGCCAUUCUCUCUCAAGACCUACGCCGAUGGCGGCUGGCGCAACCAAUCCCUCAUCGCCAUGAUGAUAGUGGGUGGACUGCUAUUGAUCGCCUAUAUCAUCUAUGAAAUGAAGUGGGCGCGUGUCCCCAGCGCCCCUCGUCGACUCAUCUUCAACAAAACCUUCAUCAUGUCCAUCGUUAUCGAUAGUUUCUAUAUGCUUGCCGGAAACAUGCGCGGCCUCUACUGGAGCUCCUACGUCUACGUCUCAAAGCCGUGGUCCUACCAGAACUGGGUCUACUACAGCAACACCCUAACGCUAGCUCUCUGCAUCGCAGGCCCCCUGACCGGUCUCCUCCAACGCUGGACGCACCGCUACAAAACUAUCCAGAUCACGGGUCUGUGCAUCAAGAUCAUCGGCAUGGGCAUCCUGCUGGACGGCCACCGCGUGACCGCCAGCACCGCCGCGAUGAUCCUGUCCAUGAUCCUGAUCGGCUUCGGCGGGUCGAUGUCCGUCGUCGGGUCGCGCGUCGCCUCCCAGGCCUCGGUGCCGCACCAGGACGUCGCCCUCGCCAUCUCGCUCCUGUCCCUGUGGUCGAAGAUCGGCAGCGCCAUCGGCUCCGCCAUCGUGGCCGUCAUCUGGGCCGCGCAGAUGCCCCGCCAGCUGCGCGCGCACCUGCCCGCGACCGCUACGCAGUCCGACGUGCGCAAGCUGUUCGGCAGCCCCAAGUCCAUCCGCACGCUGUACGCGAUCGAUGACCCCAUGCGCGUCGGCGCCGUCGAGGCCUACCGCCGUACCCUGUACUACUGUCUGGCCCCCGCGCUGGCGCUGGCCUUCGUGCCGCUCGUCGCCGCCUGGUUCCAGACGGAUUUCUUCCUGGGUAAGGCGCAGAAUGCGGUCGUGCCGGUCGGCAAUGAUGAUCUGGCUCUGCGGGAGGAGGAGAGGAAGAGGGAAAAGGAAAGGGCUGAGGUCAAGGGGAAGCGGGAGGCUUUCUUGAGGUUUUGGGCGGGGAGGUAG